AUCUCACUUCCUGUUUGUACGUCUCCUCUUCGGUCCGAUGGGAACCAGUGGUCGCCUGCAAGUUCCAGCUCCAGGUUGACCCUAAACGUUUCUGGAGGAAAGAACAUUAACUGAUUUGUUUCACGAGGUCCGUUUACAUCCGAAUCUACGGAAACAUGGCGGCGUCCUUGAGCUUCUCAGGGAGCGCCAGGCUGCUGGCAGCGUUGGGCCGGUCUUGUGUGCUGUACAGCUCCUUUGAAAGCAGAGGCCUCCAUGUAACUUCAGUGUGCUUCAAGAACCGAGCCGCUCGGAUCCGGAUCGGCAAAGGAGACCAACCGCUGACCUACGAGCAAGCGCAUCAUCCUCAUCAAAUCGCCCACCGCAAAGGAUGGCUGUCUCAACAUGCCAGUAACCUCAAAGGAGAGGGAGGGGCGGCCGAGAGAACUAUGGAGGACGUCUUCAUCCGGAAGUUCAUGUUCGGCACCUUCCACGGCUGCCUGGCCGACGAGGUUGUGAUCAAACGGCGUGGAAACGCGCUCAUCGUGUGCGCUCUGAUGCUACAGAAGAUGCCGCCGCAGAAGUUUUAUUUUUUGAUCGGAUAUUCAGAGUCGCUGCUUUCCCACUUCUAUAAAUGCCCCGUAAAGCUAGAAAUUCAGACUCUGCAGUCUAAAGCUGUGUACAAGUAUAUCUGACAGAACUACAAUGUUUGUUUUUUAUGUUUGAGUUCAAAGCUAUCUUGAAUAAAAAUGACCAUGACAGAGUAAA